GGCAGCAGCAGUGAUUCCAGCUGGAGGAAGAGACUUCACUUCCGUGAUCAAACUCAUGUUUCUCCCCGGGAUUCGGCUCUAAAACCCCGGGGUUCUGGUUCUAAACCCCCGGUCCGGGACCCGGAGCUCAUGCUGCAGAGGGAACCCUGAAAUCUCGCGAGAGGAGCCAGCUGAACAGGACUGAUGCCGGGCGUCUCCAUCAUGACGGAGCUGGACCACCAGAGACGUUUCCAGGCCGCGGUGGACGUGAUCCAGAACCUUCCCAAGGACGGCUCGUACCGGCCCGGCUACGACGUGAUGCUCCGUUUCUACAGCCUGUACAAGCAGGCCGUCUGCGGGCCCUGCUCCGUCCCCCGACCCGGGUUCUGGGACCCGGUGGGGAGAUACAAGUGGGAUGCGUGGAGUCGUCUGGGCUCCAUGACCCGAGAAACGGCCAUGGCGGCGUACGUGGAGGAGAUGAAGAACGUAGCUCGGGAGGUCCUGGACUCCCUCCCGGUGAACCAGACCACCGCCUCUCUCUUCCACCACUUUGAACCUCUUUACCUGGUGAUUGACGACAUGCCCCGCCCCCCGGACUCUCUGCUCGCGCUCAGAGGAGAGGGUCCUGCAGAGACCCGGUCCACCGAGGGUCCUGCAGAGACCCGGUCCACCGAGGGUCCUGCAGAGACUCUGCAGGUCCAGGAACCCGCCCAAGACCAGGACCCGGCUGGACCUGUGGGCCCCGGCAGCAACGAACCGGACCGGCAGACCAGGACAGACCCGGACUCUGUGGUCCCGGAGGGCCCGGUGGUCCCGGUGGUCUCAGAGAGUCUGGUGGACCCGCUGGUCCCGGAGGCCCCGGUGGUCCCGGAUGGCCCGGCGGUCUCGGACGGCCCGGUGGUCCCGGACGGCCCGGCGGUCACCAGCGACUCGGAGACCGAGGUCUUCUGUGACUCGGUGGACUCGGUGGAGCAGCUGAGCUACGUCCGGGUCUCGGCCAGGAAGUCCAACGGUUUCCAGAACGGUCUGGUGGCCCUGCAGACCGUGCAGGGCCACCAGACCCUGCAGACCCCCCCGGACUCCCCGGACCAGCUAGAACCCGGUCUGGGACCAGGACUGGGGGGCCGGCAGGUGGGAGCCGGAGCAGGGGGGGAAGGGGGGGACCAGAAGGGCCAGGGACCCCCCAGGAGGAACCAGGACCGGGACCGGGACGGAUCCUACCACGGAUGGAGAGAACGUGGCGUCCCCCAGGGCAGCCCGAGGCGCUGGGCCCCCGGGGGCGGGGCCGGAGGAGGGGGCGGGGCCCCCGGGGCCGGAGGGGGCGGGGCCGGCCCAGGGGGCGUGGCCUCGGCCCAGCUGCAGCAGCAGAUCAUGGCGGCUCUGCGGCAGCUGAGGGACGACAUGAGGAGCGUCAUGGAGAGACUGGAGGCCGUGGAGCGGCUAGCGGCGGCGCAGGGCCCGGAGUGGAGGACGUGUCUCCAGUGUUCAGCUCCACCUCCUCAGGAGUCCCCCUGGUGGUCCCUGGACCUGCCCCCCCCCGCCCUCCUGCUGCUGCUGCUCUGGCCGUUUGCUGCUCAGGGACUGGUCCAUUACCUGGUCCGGAGGAGGAGCCGGUCCUGAGACCCAGAACCGGUCCUGGUCCACCUGCUGGUCCUGCUGAGACCUGGACUCGGUUCUGGUGGGAGGAUCCGGACACCUGGACUCUGGACUGAGAGGAACUGGUUCUGGGGGAGGACAGAGGAACCAGCAGAACCUCUGGUCCUGGUUCUGGUCCCGGUCUGGACCGGAUUCAUGGACCUGGUUCUGGUUCUGGUCUGGACUGGAUUCAUGGACCUGAUCUACUUUAAUGUUUCUGUUAAUAAUAAAUGUUGGUGAAGAACCAGGUCCAGGUCCUGGUCCUGGUCCUGGUUCUGGUCCAGGUCCUGGUUCUGGUUCCGGGGACACCCCCUCGUUUCCUGCCUCUGUUUCCCAUGAUGCAUCACUGCUCCCAUGAUGCAUCACUGCUCCCAUGAUGCAUCACUGCUCCCAUGAUGCAUCACUGCUCCCAUGAUGCAUCACUGCUCCCAUGAUGCAUCACUGCUCCCAUGAUGCAUUGCUGUUACAGUUCUGGGUUAUUUCUGUAAAACGAUAAACUGGAACGAGAAACAAACGACACUUUGAAGGAAAAACGUGGUAUUUUAAUGUGAAAAACCGGGAAAGUAAGUUAUAAUAUUUAAAUUCACAGUUUUACACCUGAACAAAUGUGUUUCCUUCUGUUAAAGAAAAGAGAAAUAUUCUAAUAAUAAAUAACCUGAACAGUGAAACGGAAUGAAAAUCCCUUUUUAAAUGGUUUCAAUUAAAAUCAUCAUCAUAAUAAUUAAUAAUAAUUAAUAUUAAUGAGUUUUCUUGUGGGUGUUUAUGUAUAUGUAAUAAUUGAUCGGGGUUUCACUUCUGUUGUAAAAGACGAUUUAUAAAUAAAGUUAAA